GCCCCUGCCUCUGAAGCUCAACGAUUUGGGAGUUCUCCACCCUCGCCGCCGCCGCCGCCUGCAUCCCGGGGGAGAGCGAGGGUCUGGGUAUGGACGUGGGGUCCUGCAACCUCGGCGGCAACGCCGACGCGGUGGAGUUCUGCCCGCACCGCCCCUUCCGCCACAUCCUGGCGGCCGCCACGUACACGCUGCAGGAGCAGGCGGGGGAGGAGCAGCAGCAGCAGGACCGCGCGGGCACCGUGUCGCUCUUCUCCGUCGACGCUGGCGCUGAGGACGAGCCCCGACGUCUCCGGCUGCUCCACACGGUGGAGACCGCCGGCGUCUUCGACAUGAAGUGGAGCCCCACGGCGCCGCUGCUCGCGCAGGCCGACGCCCACGGCCGCCUCGUGCUCCGGCGCCUCGAGCAUGAAGACGGCUCGGACGAAGGUGUUGUUCUCACAGACGUGGUUGCUGGAAACAUUUCUUCAUCAAUGUGCUUGUAUGUCGACUGGAACCAAAAUGCCGAUUCCCUGGCCGUUGCAUUAUCAGAUGGUUCACUGUCUGUGGUUCCCAUGAGAGAGGACCGCCUGGAGGUAUCAGAACAAUGGACUGCUCAUCAGUAUGAAGUUUGGACAUGUUAUUUCGAUCGUGCAAGACCACACUUGUUGUACAGUGGAUCGGACGACUGCUCUUUCGGUUGCUGGGAUUUGCGGGAAAGCCUAUCGAAUGCUGUGUUUCGGAAUAAGAAGACUCAUACUAUGGGUGUGUGUUGCAUUGCUCAGAACCCAUUGGAGGGGAAUAUGCUACUCACUGGAAGCUAUGAUGAAUUUCUCAGAGUUUGGGACAUGAGAUCAAUGAUGAAACCUGUGAACGAGAAGUCCCUGAAUUUAGGAGGUGGUGUAUGGAGGUUGAAAUAUCAUCCUAAUAUUGCAGAUGUAGUAUUGGCUGCAUGCAUGCACAACGGUUUUGCCAUUGUUAAAGCAGGGGCUGGAGAUGCUACCAUAAUGGAAACAUAUUGCAAGCAUGAGUCCUUAGCAUAUGGUGCAGAUUGGCAGACUAGUGAAGCAGCGGAACAUAACACAAAUUCUUCAGUUAUUGCUACUUGUUCAUUUUAUGACCGCCUUCUCCGUGUGUGGCAACCAGAGAACCUAGUCAACCACCCAACCUCUAAGGCGUAAAACAUCAUUAUGCCCAGUUGAAGCAUCAAUAUGGCAUGGACCAACCUAUUCCCUGAAUGAACCAAAUUGAUUUCAUUCAGGUAGCUCUUUGAAUUUAUGUUAAUUUAUUUCAAAUGCUGAGCUUAUAGUAGUAUGAUGUCUAAUUUAUAGCUAGGCAUUCACAGUAAUCAGUAUUUGUUGUAAGCUUCCACAAAACUUUGAAGUUAUCUGUUCAUGUUAUUUGAGCACAAACUGUUUUGAAGUUCAUCUGGUGACUGGUGCAUAGAAGCGAUGAUUCAGCAACAAUCUAGACAUCUACCUGGAAGAGCCUCUGACUGAGCUUUUUGCUGGUCAUAAACUAAUAAUUCUGUCUGAAAACUUACAGUAUGCUGUAUGCAGUGCUUUCUUAUUUUUCUUUUUGAUCACAUUCUGAUAACGGCUGGAAUGGUUACCGAUUUUACUUUUCCAGUGCAUGCACUGUUGCUUAUAUUAACCUACUGUGCAGUAUGGUCAACAUGCUAAUCACGAUUCUUAAAAGUGUUGGAUCAUUGUUUUUCUUGGAUGAAAUUUGAGGUAUUGGGUAGUUGCCACAGCCUCAGCGGGCCAAAACAAGGACAAAAAAGUUGUUAGUUACUUUUCUGAUAAGUUUUGUUAGUUACUUUUCUGAUAAGUUAAAAAUAUAUUGCAGUCUAGUGUAUCUUACUAAGUUACUAGUGACUCAUGAAGCAAUAAUCAAACCACGCUUCAGUAGAGCUACUUUAUUCUUUAUCGUUUGCAUUUUCCCAGAAAGUUCUGAGUCCUGCCUUUGUGCUAAUCACACAUGGCUCAGAAGGCAGGACGCAGAACAGAUCAACUGGUCCAGUUUACAGAACUGUUCUGCUCCUAUAUUGGUGAAAAUAAUGAAGACAUGGAUCAAUUUUGACAUGUACUUCCUCCGUAAAGAAAUAUAAGAGCGUUUAGAUCACUACAAGUACAUGUCAAAAUUGAUCCAUGUCUUCAUUAUUUUCACCAAUAUAGGAGCAGAACAGUUCUGUAAACUGGACCAGUUGAUGUUUACAGAGGGAGUACUUGACAGUGGUAUAAAUAACUAUGGGUAAUAUUUGAAGAUAACUUCAAAGGAUGCUUCAAUUUUUUGUGACUUGUUCUGAAAUCAUAAGAGGCAAAUCAUCUACAGUAGAAUGUGAUACCUUGGUAAUAAUGGACAAGAUGAGAUCUGUGUCACUUUGAAUAAACGGGAAUGCUGGUUGGCAAGUCAGAGAAAUAGAAUAGUGAGAAUCAUAUGGUUUGCUUGGGAUGAUAAGCGAAGAAAGCUCUAAGGUUUCCCUUCCUGCAUCCUUCUAUCUGACACCACUAAGUACUAACUGUGCACUAAUAAGAAUUAUCUGUUUCUACAUCAGGCCACCAAGAAUAGCUGUACUCCGAACAUGAACAAUAAAGAUAGUGAUGUGUUCAGUCUUAUGUAGCUAAGUAACCUUUGUUGUUUUCUGACCUUUUUCCUUAAAAAGGAUCCAAUAACAACUGUUUGUUUAGGUUAGCUACCAAGGGGACUUGAAUUUCAUUAUGCUAGAAUGGCUUACACUAGCUGGUUUAGUUGUGCUCUUAGGCCUUCGCCUGAUGGCUGACAUGCAGUGGGUAUGUUAAUCCACCCUUCAGCUGAGCAUAAUAGUGUUGUAUUGAUUCAUCCCACUGAUUUGCACGAAGCAUCUAGACCCAAGACCUAAGAGGCUAUGUGACAACUUAUUGCUUGAAUUUUCAUUGUAGAUAAUCUGAUUUACUGUCUGACAUAAAAUCUCUAGUUUGAUCCUACUCAUCUUUGCAGCCCUAUUGUAUUGAAUUGACAAUAUAGUUGACUUUCCAGACCUUAUCUGCUGAUGUCAUGGCCUCCUUUGGUUUCAUCAUGAAUGGCUACUCAGGGGAUUCUUUGACGUGAAGGGGGUCACCCCUACAUGGCUAAACCUAAUUUAUGGGUUAGUCUGGUAAGAAUACUGUAUCUAUGUUCCAGAGUUUAACUUGAUAAGUAAACACGGGCCGUUAUACAUCUGUUUUACUCUCCUUAAGCAUGAGAAACCUAAUUUCCAACCCUGAACAUGAUAUAUAUUUUUUGAACGGAAAAUUAUAGGGGAGGCUCGACAGUACAAAUUUAGUAAAAUAAGUACUCCCUCGGAUCCAUAUUACUUGUCGCUGUAUAACUUUGUACUAAACCAGCGACAAGUAACAUGGAUCGGAGGGAGUAGUAAUAAUCUGGUAAGCCUGCUCAUCAUUCAUUCUGUAAGAGAGAAGGAAAAGGUCUCUUUUAAUGAGGAAAGGCCAGGAGGCUAAACUAGGAGGAAUAUUAUGAAAAAAUUCUAGCAUUUCUUUGUUUCCAAAUGUUCCAAGCUGCUACAAGAAAGGCUUCUCUGGAGAGAGAUUUGCUGAGAGGAAGGAGCAAGGUGAAGAUUAAUUGAGGCCUAGCAGCCUCUGCUGAAGGAGCAGUUCCAGAAAAUAUGAUCACGAGUUUCAAGGGUCCCUGAGGUACGCAAACGCAGCUGGAACCGCCAUUCGUAUGAAAGUUACGUCUUUCAAGCAUAUCUUUAGUAUUUAGUCUGUCAUUAAAGAGUAAACAGGCAAAAGCUUUGAGUUUGGCUGAGCAUUUGAAUUUCCUCAUCCACGAGGAGAUGCUGUAUAUUUGGUCGCAUAAUAGCCAUUCCCCAAUUAGUCAGCUCUACAGCAGCUAUAGGAAUUACCCACAUAACCAUUGGUAAGAAGUGUAAGUAACUUGGUUAAAAACAUAACUCUAGUAUCUACUGCCUGCCUGCCUGGAUUUGAUAGAAUCAACCAGGUACAGCAUGUUCCGUUGGCCAUCACCAGGUGGUAACCAACCAAUCACUAUGGUGGGAACCACAAACCUUGGUUGUCUCUGACGUCACUGAUUGGUGCAUUUCUGCGAGGGCACUCACUAUGUGCAUCCCUCAGCCAUCUAUUAAAAGAACGAACAUUCAGAAAGUUCAUUGGAUUGCUCCACUUGAUUGCGGCCAACGAUUAAAUCCCACUUUGGUGGAGCAGUGGAGCCCCACGAUUGGUGGUAGUGAUUUCCUUGCUGUCGUACUGGGAGCACUUGUCCACUGAUUAUACGUAGUUGAUUUUUUUUGAGGAUUUAAUGUAUAUUCAAGGAUGGCCCAGGUGGGACUCGAGAGUGCUAAUCUUACUUGGAAGUUGGAACUGAGAUCUGGUGAUCAUGUCAACUUUAACAGCAUCGAGAUGGGAGACGAUUUAAUUAGAUAGAGGACUUUCUAGUACUUUACACUCCAGGGUGGGGAAAUGCAGCACUUCGGAUAAGAAUGAAGUAGUGGCUGAAUAGGAAGGCCACAUUGCUCUAUCUCCAUAUUCUAAAAGGCAUAGCUUUAGAGGUGGAGUGUGCUUCUUCAGCUUUUUGUAAAGGCUUUUAGGCUACCUUUAUAUUUUAUAGUACAUUCAGCCCACAUGAUCAGUUCCUGAAUUUCAUUUUGUUGGGAAAUAUCGCUUGCUGAAAGUACUGCUUGGCGAGGAAGGACCUACAUAACUGACAUUUUUAUGAGAAAACACAACUGGUAAAUUAGAGGUGCUAUUGGAUAAAACUGAAAAGGCUAAUGUCAAUGGAAUUAUGGGACAAGGAGCGAAGACCAAAUGACAAAUCAAGGAGAUAAUGAGGUAAAAAUCUGUACCUUGUGAAAAGAGAUGCUCACGAAGUUUACCGGUCUAGAUGCCCUGGAAUUGGAUGUUGAUUGCAACUGCUGCCUUACCUUUCUUAAAAUAUAGGUUUAACAUUGUUCUCGUGAGUAAAUAAAAUGUUUUUGAUAACAGUGGGUCUGGAAGUGGAAUGGGAAUUUCUCUAGAGAGAGAAUGUAGAUGAAAUUGACAUGCAGCGAGGCAACAACGACAUCAUUGUGAACCCCAGCAAUUGAGCACUCGACACAGUAAAGUUUAGUUUACUCUCAUUGUCCUUUCUCCAAUAAUGCAUUGUACGCUGGCCAAUUUAAAAUGCCACCUUGCAGAUUCUUGGUGCUUGCACUAUGAUUUACCUGGCAAAGCACCUACAGACAUCAGCAGCCUCACGAGCAUAUAAGGCAACCCUUCCCUCUCCUCUUGUCCACAGCCCCUACCGACUAUGGAAGGCGCAUGGCUCGAGCAUCUACAUGGCUCAUGAGAGCAGAAGCAGGGCCGGGAUGAACCGCAAAGCUGAGCGCUUCAGCUUUGCGGUGCCUCUCCUGACCUCCCAGGUGGUCGCCUGAGGUACGCAAGAAUCGGCAAGUCACAAAACGGCAAUGGUGAACUCCGGCAGGAGUCCACCCCCCUUUUAUCCUUUUCUCUCCAUUCAGUUGUAUCAGGUGGAAGUCGAAUAAUCGGAAGUCUCUGUGUGUGAUGAA